AUGAACGGAUCUGGCAACCCACGCUGUCAGCGUUCAGUCAAGGAAGCUCGUUAUUUCUGUGGCUUCAAAAUCUCACCAAUGCUGCAUAACAGCUAGUUAAUUUUUCCCCAGCCUCAUUAACAGCGAUUAAUUAAGGUGUUUAGAUUAAUUCGAGAGAUUGUAUCUGAGUUUUACGGGCCAAUUUGGAGCUCUGGAUCUGCGUAGAUAAAGGCCAGACUCCCAGGAUCUCGGCCUCUGCGAGAGGCUUUUUUAUUUUUGCGCAGAUGUUUGCAGAUGUUUGGCACUUAAAUGCAGAGCGCUGAUUGGACGCUCCAUGACGUGCUGUGAGACCAUGACACUGAGGAACAUCACUGGGGAUCUCCUGCACCGGCAGAUCAGGGAGAACAGAGCGCUGGACUUCCAGAGGCACUAUCAUGUCACUGACCCGUUCAUCAAGCGUUUGGGGCUGGAGGCCGAACUACAGGGUCACUCAGGCUGUGUCAACUGUCUGGAGUGGAAUGAGAAAGGAGAUCUGUUGGCGUCGGGUUCAGACGAUCAGCACGCCAUCAUCUGGGAUCCUUUCAGACACAGUAAACUGAUCACUAUGCACACGGGACACGCCGCUAACAUCUUCUCCGUCAAGUUCCUCCCGCACUCUGACGACCGGAUCUUGAUCACAGGAGCUGCAGACACUAAAGUGCACGUUCACGACGUGACGGCGAAGGAGACGAUCCACAUGUUCUCUGAUCACACCAACAGAGUGAAGCGCAUCGCUACUGCCCCCAUGUGGCCAAAUACCUUCUGGAGCGCCGCCGAGGACGGACUCAUCAGGCAGUAUGAUCUGAGAGAGAGCAGCAAGCGCUCUGAUGUUCUGAUCGAUCUGACAGAGUAUUGUGGUCAGCUCGUCGAGGCCAAAUGUCUGGCCGUGAACCCUCGAGACAACAAUUACCUUGCGGUUGGAGCCAACGGGCCCUUCGUGCGGCUCUACGACAUCAGGAUGAUCCACAAUCACAGGAAGUCUCUGAGUCAGAGUUCGUCAGCAGGCGUUCACACGUUUUGCGAUAAGCGAAAGUCAAUACCGGAUGGCGCUGGACAGUAUUAUGUUGCAGGUCAUUUACCUGUGAAGCUUCCGGACUAUAAUAACAGGUUGCGAGUUCUAGUGGCGACUUACGUUACGUUCAGUCCUGACGGCACCGAGCUGCUGGUCAACAUGGGUGGAGAACAAGUGUAUUUAUUCGACCUGACGUUUAAGCAGAGGCCGUACACUUUUCUGCUGCCCAAAAAGUGCCAUUCGUCAACAGACGUACAGAACGGGAAAACCACUAAUGGUGUGUCCAAUGGGAUUCAUCUGCCAGCCAGCCGCCUUAAACUGGCCAAAGUCUCCAGUGGCUCUGGUGAUCUCCCUCUUCAUCUGGAGAGGAUAAAGCAGCGAGCGAACGAUGCGUUUGCACGUCAGCAGUGGACUCAAGCCAUUCAGCUCUACAGUCUGGGCAUCCAUGAGGCCGGACCCAACGCCAUGCUGUACGGAAACCGUGCUGCUGCAUACAUGAAGCGCAAGUGGGAUGGAGAUCACUACGAUGCGCUGCGGGACUGUCUGAAGGCCUUGUCUCUAAACCCGGGCCACCUGAAGGCUCAUUUCCGUUUAGCGCGCUGCCUCUUUGAGCUGAAGUACGUGGCUGAGGCUCUGGAGUGUCUCAAUGACUUCAAGGGCAAGUUCCCUGAGCAGGCGCACAGCAGUGCUUGUGACGCCCUCGACAAAGACAUCAAGGCAGCGCUCUUCUCCAAAACAGACGCCUCGGAUGACAAGAAGGGGAACAGCUCAAUCCGCUUCCAUAAUUUCAGCCGGAAGGAGUCGAUCCCGGAGGAUGAGAUCGUCCUCAGAGAGCGAAGUUUUGACUAUAAGCAUCGCUACUGCGGACACUGCAAUACCACCACCGACAUUAAGGAGGCAAACUUCUUUGGGAGUAAAGGCCAGUACAUUGUGAGCGGUUCAGACGACGGCUCGUUUUUCAUCUGGGAGAAAGAGACGACGAAUCUGGUGCGGAUCUUACAGGGAGACGAGUCUAUAGUGAACUGCCUGCAGCCGCAUCCCGGACACUGUUUCCUGGCCACCAGCGGCAUCGACCCCGUGGUGCGGCUCUGGAGCCCCAGACCCGAGUGUGAGAAUGAGAACGGCCGUGUGGUGGAGGACAUGGAGGGCGCAGCGCAGGCUAACCAGCGGCGCAUGAACGCAGACCCCCUGGAGGUGAUGCUGCUGAACAUGGGCUACAGAAUCAGCGGUCUGAGCAGCCGCGGGGCCGAGGGGUCGGAUGAAGAGGACAGCUCCGAGGGUCAGGUCCAGUGCCGCUCCAGCUGAACACACACACACACACACACAUUUACUGCGCAAUCCAGCUCGCGACGCCGCACGAACCAAUGCUGCCGCUCCGCACUAUGCAGAAGUCUGGAGAAGUGUGUUUUCCCCCUCGCACAAUACAGCACAUGCACCUGCGGAUCACUAUCUGCAACAAAACACAAGCAUCAGUGAAGCGUAGCGCUCGAUUGACUGCUGUUUAACGAUUAAUCCUGACUGAUUGCAUGCAAAAUAAACACAUUUGCAUUUACAUAAUAUGCACAGAAUGUUAUUAUAUAUAUAUAUAAAUGCACACAUCUAUAUAUAUUAAAUUUGUAUAUAAAUUAUAUGAACAUUAAUAUAUAUGUAAAUAUCUUUCAUAUAUAUGUGUGCGCAUUUAUAUAUGCAUAAUAAAUAUACACCCUUUACACAAAUUGUUUUGUGUGUAUAUAUAAAAACACACAUCCAUGUAUACAUGUAUAGAAAAUGUACUUAUAUAUAAAAUAUUUGUAUAUAACAAUGCGCAUAAUGUAUAUACAUAUUUGUGUGUGCAUUUAUACGUACACAAAAUCCUGCAUAUAUAAAUUCACACAUCCAUGUGUAUAUAUGUACAGAAAUAGUUCAUAUAUAAAUAUAUUUGUGUAUAAGAGAUUAUAUGUAAAUAUAUUUAGGUAUAUACGUGCAUGUGUGUGCGCAUAUAUACAUACAGAGCACAUGUAUUAUGUAGGUAAAAGAGUGUAUUUGCACAUAAUUAGUCCUGAUUAAUGGUUAAACAGCACUGCGCAUUUCCAAAAGUCACAAAGUGCUUGGUUGUCUCUAAAGCGAGGCUUGUUAUAUCGGACGCUGUUGGACGUGAUUUCCUUUCUUUUCUGAGGACGGGAAACUGAGUGUUCUUGUUCAUCAAAGUAUGUUUAUAGGUCUGCAGCACUUUCUUUUGGACAAAUAAACUGUUUCUGUUCGACUCUGACUUGCAUUUUUAUUCUGAAAAUGGUGAUGUUCACUGUCAGAUGCUUUUGGAGGGAUUUUAUGAUUAUAGUUAUUAAUUUUGACCUUCUUCAUCGGCACAAGCAGGACGUCUGUGUGUUUCUCUCACCUUCACCGAUGAACCCGAGAAGAGACGGUAAACCAGAUUAUUGUAGAGCGUAUAUCAGAUUAUAAAAGGCAACAGAAUCGGGUCUAUUUUGGGAUUAUAUGUGUGUUUUUGUUUCACUGUUUCCUUUUGAGUACCAUUUAGUGCAGCAUUUACAUACAUAUUUGCGAUUGAAAGUUCAGCGGCAGCUGAUCAUUGAUCAUUGCCGAUGUGUUUUCAGUUUCGUCAUCGACCGCAUGGCUUUAUAUAGUCAUAAUCGCUCGCAUUACUGGACAAACACACUGCACAGCUUCUCCAGACGCUUUCUUUUCCUCGUCUGUCUCAAAUAAAAUUAAUUUAUUUACAAA